AUGUUCAUCUGCAUCAGCCAUGGUGACAACCAGAGCUUCCUGGUCAACACCGACUGCCCCGUCCUGCUGCUGCUCUCCCACCUGAGGAGCAAGGUGGGGGUCCCCGUCACCGACGUCAUCGACCUGUGCGACAAGCUGGGCACCCCCAAGCUGCUCUUCCAGGUCAAGACCCUACGGGAGAGGGCCAGCGAGUUCCUCCCGGCGCCCGGCACCUACUACGUCUGCAGGGUGGACCUGGGCACCCCCGGCACCGCGCAGGAGCAGGCGUCGCGGACCUUCACGCCCCUCCUGAAGGACCCCAGCGUGGCGCUGACCGAGGCACUGCGGCAGCACGGGCAGCACCCGCACAGGAGGCUCCAGCGCUCCCUGAAGGCUGCGGAGGGCAGGAGGAUGCCGACCACCGAGGCGCUGCCCGCUGGCACCCAAGGCCAGGGAGCGGGCGAGGCGGCGGCGCGAGGCGCGGCGCGACCCGGUGAGGAGCAGGAGGGGGCUCCCCGCAGGGCGCCGCAGCCCCCGGGGGGGCGGCAGCAGCGGCCGAGGCAGCGCUGA